AUGUCGGACGCAGAAGAAAGGGACCAGACCCUUUCUUCUGCGUCCGACAUUCUGGUGUCGCCACUGGAACUUAUGCUGUCUCUACAGCAUCUGCAGCUCUUCUCCAGCCCAUGCCUGGCUCCUUUUCAAAGUCCACGGCCCGGAAACCAGAAGCCACGGAGUAUUCAGUCCAAGCUGGAGCGCAGUCAGAGUUGCAUCGACCCGGUAAACGACGCCCCCCCUCCUCCUCCUCCAACACGACGGAGAGCCGCCCAGUCUCAAAAAACAAAGGUGCCGGUGCCCCCCAAUAUCGUCAGCUUGGCAGCCGUCACCGGGGUUUUGUUGUCUACAGAGAACAGUCGAUCUUUCUCGGCCCCCGUCCUGACGUCGGAAAGGCGUCUGGCCAUCAGCUCCCUGAACUCUUUCACACCCUUACAUAAACCGGAACGGUCCAUCAGUCCGGAGAGCAACGAUAGCAUUUCUGAGGAACUCAACCACUUCAAGCCAAUCGUCUGUUCUCCUUGCACCCCUCCCAAGAGACUCCCGGAUGGAAGAGUCCUGAGUCCCGUCAUCAUCAAGUCGACGCCCAGGAACCUCAGACGGAACCUGCAGAAGCCUACCUCCUACGAGGCCAGCCCCAUGAUAUUAAAGAAAUGGGAGCAGGUUUUCCAGGACCGCCAGAUGAAGAGGACCCUCUCCAAGGGCACCCUGACCACGUGUGUUGAAGAUGGGCCAUCUCUAAAGAAGCAGGAGACUGCGAGCAAAGGAAGGGUGGCUUGCCAAAUUACAUUUAGCGACGUUGAACCUGCUGGAGAUGUUGAAUUGCCGCCCUCCUGCAGCAGAGAGGACGCCUCGCAAGCAAAUCGUGAUACGAAGGAACAAUCUAUGCCUUGCGGCGAUUGUGUCCGGAGCACAGGCCCAAGCGCCGAACCUGUAAUAUUUCAGGGCUUUACAGAGGCAACCGCCAACUCGCAGGUGGGCACAAAGACCAGGUUGGCGACCCGGCUGACCUCCGGCAAAAAGACAAUUUCCUCGUGCAAGUGUUUGGUGGCCAAGCCUAUGAAGGCCUCUUUAAAACGGGUGCACAAGAAAACCUCGCAGUCCAUGGGGAUGCAGAACGGCUCCUGCUUCUCCACCACAGAGGCCAUCAGCCUGGCCUUCCCUCCGCGCAGAGGGCUAAAAAGACGCUGCAAAACUAAGCACUUAGAGCAGAACGGCGGCCUCAAGCGGCUAAGGGUAGCUGGUCAGGGUGGGUUCGAGAGGAGGAGGAUCUGGAGGGGGGCCGAGAAAAAGCUUCAUCAGGAGGAGGAGGACAAAAAACUGGCUGUGAAGCUUCAGCAAAUAUUUGACAAGGAGAGCCGCAGGGCGAAUCGCAAGAGCAGCCGGGACGAGUAUCAUCUGCGAUCCAAAAGCACAGCCAGUGCAAAUUAGACGGCAUUUGUGUUUUUUUUUUUUUUUGCCUUUUUCUAGAUAAAGAAAAUAUCCAAAAUGA